CUGGGUGACAGACAUGCACCCAUCUGCCUUUACUGUUCUUGCUUUACUAACAACCGCUUCCUGAGCUCUGUUUCCUCCUUCCACCCUUCUGUGCAGCUUCCUCCCAUGCUGCUCCGCACUGUGCCCUGUGCUGGGCUCUGUCCCAUUCUCACCGUGCUGUCCAGGGCUGGACACUGGCUGUCCCUGCUCCAGCUGUACUUUGUCACACGGGCACAGCGGCCACGGAGUCCCACGGUCAGCAGGAGGAAGGCAAGGGAGAGGACAGGAGAGUUUCCCACCUUGAGCCCUGCACCAAGGCUGAGGCUCCCAUCCCUCCCUACAAGCAUCCACCAUGAGAAGACCCCCAGGAGGCUGCUGCCCCCCAGCCCUCACGCCGUGCUCGGGGCGCUGUGCCCGUGGCACCGGGCUGACCCUCACCCUGCUCGCCGUGCUGCUGUUGCUGCUGCCCACACAGCACAGCCUGUGGCUCCAGCUCUCAAGGACUCCUGUCCACCACAGAGCCACAACCACAGCAGCCCCAGAGCGGGUGACACGGGCAGCACGGCCACCCCCUGGCUCCAGAAUGUCACCAGACCUUGGGGACACAUAUGGGCAGGAUGAGACCUACAGCAGCUCGGGCUGUCCCAGCAGCAUCAGGAAGAGGAUUGGGGCCACUGAGUUUGGGGCCGCUUUCCUGCCCACCAUCCCGGUGCUGCAGUGGGCACGGCACGCACGGGAAGAUGAGUAUCAGCGGCUGCACCGAUACGGGGGGGCUCACGGCUGGAAGGACAUCAGCUGGGAUGUGCUGAAGUCAUCCCUGUCCCUCCUCAACACCUCAAGCAGUUCAGUGCUCUUUGACAUCCACCCUCUGGCCACACGCUGCACCCGCUGUGCCGUGGUGGGCAAUGGGGGCAUCCUCCAUGGCUCCGGAAUGGGCACCACCAUCGAUGCUCACGACUAUGUGUUCAGGGUGAAUGGGGCCAUCACGGAGGGCUUUGAGCGCGAUGUUGGCAGCAGGACGUCCUUCUAUGUCUUCUCCACCAACACCAUGAUGAACGCGCUGCGCAGCUACGCCGCCAACGGCUUCCAGCACCCACCCCAAACACCGGAGACGUGCUACAUCUUCCUCCCAGACCACGACCGUGACUACCUGCUGCUGCGGGCAGCCCUGAGCCAGCAGCCUGUGGACAGUGGCCAAGAUGAGGGGGUUCACCCCCAGGAGUUCUUUGGGGAGGACUUGCAGGUGGAGAAGUUUAGGAUGCUGCACCCGGAUUUCAUCCGCUACCUCAGGAACCGGUUCCUCCAUUCCCACAUCCUGGCCACCCCAUUCUGGCAGCUGUACCGACCCUCCACUGGUGCUGUGAUGCUGCUGACCGCUAUCCACACCUGUGACCAGGUGAGCGCCUUUGGGUUCGUGACACCGGGCUACCGGGCGUACUCAGAUCAUUACUUUGACCAUGGGCACAAGGAGGUGCAGUUCUUCAUCAACCACGACCUGAGAAUGGAGAUGCAGCUGUGGCAGCGACUGCAGCGCAGUGGGAUUCUGUGGCUCUACACCGGCUCAGAGGGGAUCUGAUGGGCUGGGUGUGUUGCUGGGACCUGUGAGUGAGGAGCCGGGCUGGGACUCGAGCACAGUGUAUGAUGAGUUUUGCCAGGCCCUGCACAGCUCUGCUGUGGGGUAAAAUGAAUUAAUGACGUGAAAUUGAGUGUGGGAGAAACAGGAACUGAAUCAGGGAGUAUCUGGUGCUGCGACUUCA